AUUGGCGAAUCACUACAAUUUAUCAACUCAAAGUGUGAAAGUCGCGUAGUUUGGGUCUUCUCUGUGCGAAUUAAACAGAGAAUUUUCAAUCAUACCAGACACACAAGAAAAAUUUUUGGAAUAAUCGGAAGAAAUAAAUUACAAAAUUUGAAACAAAAGUGAUAAAUUUUAAAUAAAAAAUUAUUAAUAAAUUUAAAUUAAAACCAAAAAAUAUUUAUUAAUAACAUACUAAACAAACCCACCGUUAAGUUUAAUUGAGAAAAAAAAAACAAAAAGUGAAACAAGGAAUUAAAUUUAAACUGCAAAUAAAAAAGUAACAGUUAAAAAGUGCUUUAUGUUUAAUAAAAUUUUAAAAAGUAACAAUUAUUAAAAAAAAAUAAAAUUUAACAAAAUGUGCCAUAAUUCUGUAUUAGAAAACGAACAAAUCGAAAAGUGCAUAGAAAAUGGUAUGCCCACAAAAAUUAUUAAAACUAUUAAAUAUACCAUGCGGAAACGUGCUGCCAAUGAAGAGUUUAAACAAAAACAACAGCAACAAGAAAUUGAAACAUUAGAAAAUUUACUACAAAAAAGUGAAAACAAUAAAACAGAACAAUUGCAAACAAGUGGAUUUAUAUCAAAAUGUCCUUUUGGUCAUGGCAAAUUUACAACUGCCGCUAACAACUUCUUCAGCACAAACCUUAACACCCCUCGUCCCACCUUGAAUGAAUUUGACUUUUCCAAUAAUAACAAUAACAAUAACUUGUACGAAAGAUUUCCUCAUCAAAUUUCACAAAUUUCGAACACAGACAAUGGCAACGCCAUCACAAAUUUAAGUGGACACUGUAAUGAAAAUGAUGCUAAUGUUGCUAACAGUUCACUGUUGUUGUCUACGGGUAAAAUAUACAAUGAAGACAUUUUGGCUAAAAGUACCCAGUUGACAAGAGAAUUUGCAUUUAAAAUGCAACAGGCGAUAAGAAGGUUACAAAGCAGUAAAAUUUACACAUUGCUGACCAAAACGGCACAACCUGCUCAUCUUGUAGCCAUAGCUAUUGUUACAUUUGUUUUGCUAACUGUUUGGCCGGAACUUAUUGAUGGUAGUAAUAACGGCUUCACUGGUAGUAGUCAACAACAAUAUUUGAAACAGCAGCAUCCGCAAAGCAUGUCAAUGUCAAAUCAUAGACAAGAGAUGCCUGCGAAAAGGAAUGAUAUGUUAGCAUUGAUUGCUUACUUAGGAGCCUUCUCUACACAUUUUGGUGCUCAAAUAUGGAUGACUUUUGUGUCGGGGCUUUCAUUAUAUUUUUCAUUGCCUCGCCACAUGUUUGGCCAAUGUCAACAGAUAUUAUUUCCCAAAUAUUUCGCUAUGAAUGCAGCGCUCAGUAUUAUAAUGCUUAUACUUUAUGUGAAAUUUUUCCUCAACACAUGGUCAUUAGCGAAAUGUAUACAAUUGGGUUCAUUGGCUCUGACGGGCGCUAUUGAGCUAUUGGUGCGUUUGUAUUUGGCUCCGCCAUUGCUACGUUUAAUGCAUGAAAAAUAUAAGAUUGAGGGUACAAUUGGUAGUGGCAAGGAGAUUGGCAGUUUGGUACAGGGUGACUUAGUGAAAUGUCCCCAUUAUCAGCGUAUACACAAGGCAUUUCGUCGUAUCCAUAUGACAGUGGCCAUUGGUAAUAUGAUUACUAUGGCGGCCAGUUGUUUACAAUUGUAUUAUAUUGCUGGACAAUUACAAAUAUCUAUAGUUUAUUAAUUUGUUUUUUAAAACAAAUCAAAUUUGUAAGUUUUAAAGAAAGCAACAAACAAAUUUUAAGCAGGCUAUAUAAUUAAAUAUUAAUUGAAAUUUAAUUUAACUAAUAAUGUUGAUUUUUUCAAUUAAUUUAAAAUUAUUUAUACUUAAGCUCUGCUUUUUUUAAAACAAAUAUUUGUACCUUAAAAAUUGUUUUAAACGUAAAGAAAAAAAUUCAAUCUACCACAAAAAUAUCAUAUACCAAAAAACAUUCUGCAUUUUUUAGCUAAGUAUUUUAUUUUAUAUUUAAUUCUUUUUUUAAUUGGAAAAUUUUCAAAAUUAUUAGCUUUACACAAUCAUCAUUUAAAGGAAUUAAGUGUAAAUGCCAAAUAUAUUUUUGAAAAUUACACAGAAAACAAACUAAAUUAUUAGCUGUAGUUAGUAAAUUUUUUUUAUUCCACCCUUUUUUAAAAAAUUCAUUUUCUGCAUUUUUUCUUUCCAAAAUUUUAAGUAUUUCAACAAAAAAAAACAUUGUAAAUUUCCAUUAGUUUUUAAUAAUUCUUAUAAGUAUUAUUUAUAUUAAAAAAAAACAUGUAUUUUUCAUUAAUGAAUUCAUUUCUCCACCCUAUCACUUCUUAAAUUAUUCCUCAUCUUUUACAAAAAAAAAAGUAAAUAAAAUACAUAACUAAUUCGUAGAUCUGUGAUAUCUCAAAAUGUAAUCGAACGACAUAUGUAAAUGAAAACUAAAACACACAAAUGAAAAGUAGUUUACAUAUAAGGCAUAUCAUUUUCAAAUUAUACCGUUAUUUUUUUUAAAAUCUAUACAUGUUUUACUUAUCCCUUACAUGAAUAUAUUUAUACUUAGUUUUAGUGAAUUAUUAAAAAACUAAAACAAAACGAAUUUUCUAGCUAGUAGUUUAGUAAUUUAUAAAGAAUUUUUUAUAUAUAAAAUAUAUUGAACGAUUUAGAUUUUAAGUAAAUUGUAUGUAAUAUUUGUGUUUUUUUUUCUUCAUUAUUUAAAAACCAAAUACAUAUUUAACUUUAUCUG